UCGACCUUCAUCGAGGGCAGGCUCGAGCUGAUCGAGAUCGACAAGGCCCGGAAGCGUGAUCCGAACCUGGAGUGUAAUGCCCGCGAGAUCGCGGACAAUCGCAGUGCAGUCGGCAGUUUGGGAUGGUCAGCUCGAGAGACGAGACCCGACCUGUCGUGUACGGUAUCUAUGGCCCAGCCCAAGCAGAAUGCCCCCUGCAUCCAAGACCUGCUGGACGUCAACAAGGCCAUCGGAGUGCUGCAGAGCUCGGCCAGCGAGAAGUUUCACAUCCCCAAGCUGGACGUGGAGUCCCCGUGGUGCCUGAUAGUCUACCACGACGCUGCAUGGGGAAACGCACUCACCGAGGAUGAGGCCCUACGUCGGAUCGCUCAAGGAAAGAAGGUCCACUCGCAGGCGGGGUACCUGGUCUACCUGUGCGAGCGUGCAGUUGCUGAAGGACGCCCGGGAAAGGCGAUCCUGGUGGAUUGGAGAAGCCACACGCUGCCGCGCGUGGCUAGGAGUACCUUCGCUGCCGAGACUCAGAGUUGUACCGAGGCGUUUGAUUCAGCAGAGUUUGUGCGCGCUGUGAUACUCGAGAUGAUGUAUGCCGACCUAGAUGUGACCAACCGUGAGAUGCUAGCCAGCAUUCGUAUGCUCCCGAUCACGUGUGUGACGGAUUGCAAGUCGCUGUAUGACAUCCUCCAGCGGGACGCCGGUAAGCUCCCGCAGGAGAAGCGCCUGAUCAUGGAUCUGGCUUGGCUGCGUGAGGCCAUGCAGCUGGAGGCUGCCGUGGACCCCCGCGAGAGUAUGAACGUGGCAGAUGUGCCGAUGCGGUGGGUCCCCACAGCUUAUAUGUUGGCCGAUGUUCUCACCAAGACGAUGGAUUUGACAGGUCAGUUCUGUCGCUUGGUCUCGGGUUCGCUGCACAUCCCGAGGAAUUUGCCAGGCCCGGACGAGGGCCAGUGA